AAGAUAAACGAGAAACGAUAGCGGAUCUCUUCGUUCGUUUAAACCUUCAGUCAGGAAUGCACUGAGCAACGAGUUCCAGGAUGUUGGUUCUCAUGCUCAAAGUGCUUGUCUGGCACGUAAUUUUGAUUUUUAUCCUGGCAUGCUACCCAUGGAACAUCAAUUUCGAGCCACAGUCCUUCGAUGUCGCUAUCCAGGAGCUCGAAGGAGGUCUGAAAGAGAAUUUAUUGCUCGAGUCCGUGGAAAUGUUGCACAAAGGGAAAUUUCUAGGGCCUGAGAGCUUGGAUAUCCAUGGAGGAAUAAUCUACACCGGAGUCUACGGCGGCUAUAUUUUAGCUAUUCAAGGUACUGGCAUACAGAAAAUCACACGCAUAGGCAAAGAUUGCAAAGGAUUCUACGACCAGGAGACUUGCGGCCGGGUUUUAGGCCUGCGAGUGAAUUUCGAUGGCACAAAACUACUAGUGGCUGAUGCCUACCACGGUAUCUAUUUGGUCGACACGGAAAACGGAGAAGCCCAUCUCAUGGUACCGCGCGGCGUUGAAGUCGAGGGGAAAAAACUGCAGCUGAUCAACGAUCUCGACACCGAUAAUCGCGGCGUCCUCUAUUUUUCGGAAUCAUCGAACAAGUACCCGCUGUUCAAAAUCGUUUGGUCUCUACUCGAGCACGAAACGUCCGGCCGAGUGAUGUCGUACGACCCCGUUCAGCGCCGAAUGCGCGUCCUCAUGGAGAAUCUCGCUUGCCCCAACGGAGUCCAGCUCACCCACGACGGAAAGGCGCUCUUGGUCUCCGAGACGGGAAACUUCAGGAUUCUCCGAUACCAUCUGCAGGGAGAGAAACAGGGAACUCACGAUGUAUUUGCUCAAAACUUACCGGGUGAGCCGGACAACAUUCGCAAGUCCACGUCCGGGGGCUACUGGGUGGCGUUUGCGAACGGUCGAGCGCGGCGUACGCUAGGCGAUUAUGUUUCCAAGUACCCUCUCGUGCGACUCGGAAUCAUUCGCGUAAUGUACGCUAUCGGUGAAGGCGUUCGCUUUCUGGCAAAGCUGACCGAAAUCGAAAGUUUAUACGAAUUGGCGGCCUAUUUCUCUAAUGGUUGGGUUUUAUACGAUCAAAUUCCCAAAUACGGAUUAGUUGUCGAGCUAGACGCGACGGGAGCAGUGAAGAGGUCGUUCCACUCUCCUUCGGGUAGAAUUAACUUUAUAUCAGAGGUGCUCGAACACGAUGGUCAUUUGUAUCUCGGAUCGUUCAAAAACGAUUUCAUUGGAAAAAUCAAACUCGAUUGAUCUUACGAAAUGCGGAGCGAGCAGAUCAUGUGCAAAAUGAAAUUGCUCCAGAAGUAUCUUCCGCAAAGGCAUACACGAGCGCCGUGCACCAUGAGACGCUUGCGGAAACCUCUACCGAUGGCGGAUAUUUCUUUUAUACGGAAGAUCCUCUUCAAAGGCAAGCCGGGUAUGAAGAAAUCGAAACAUCUCCGUUGAGGAACGUCAUACCCUGCGAUUGGAUUCCGAAGGGACCUCGGCCAAUAUUCGUCUACAUACAUACUUACAUACUUCUUGGAUCACGCCGUGUGGUCGUUGUUUGUUGAUGAUUCAAAUGACACGAAAAUGCCAUUGAGACAAGACGCGAAGCCGAAUUUUGGCUCGGAUAGAUCUUGUCAUUUACACCAAUGAAAUAUCUAUACCUCUUCGUGACUCUCCAGCAUACUUGUAUCUACAACUUUGAGAUGAAUUACCUACUCGUGAAACCGUUCUGUGUCGAUUGACGACACCGGGUUGUGCAGAUUGUGCCUAAAAGCUGAGCUCUUUCAUCAUAGGAAGUCGGAUAUAUGACCGUAUAUCUAAACAAAUCAGAAUUGACCCAGAUAGAAUUAUUCAUAAGAUGUUCCCGUUCGCCAAACGAAUUCCGCACUACAGGGGAUCGGCGAACGCUGCUCUAGAAGUUCUCCAGGACUGAUUAAGACACGUUGAUGAGGGAAGUUUCCUGAGUUUUCUCCGGGAAGCAGCAAGAGGAUAUUGAUCUUAGGUAAUGGGUACACGUCCCAAUUUUAGACUGAAGUUCAAGACUCGUUUUCGAAAUCGCGUUUCGCGUUUGUUCAUCUGAAUAUCUUGACGCAGAUCACAAUAGGGAAACAGAUUUUGGCUCGGCUUCUUGUCCCACGAUUGACUCUGACGUCUGGGGGAUAAAUCACCCACGAUUGGUAUAUUACUGUGAAUCGAAGAUUUUCAGAAUAAAUUUCUACACCA